GGAAGAGACCGCCUGUUGGAGAGAAGCAGAGCCGAGGAGCGGGCACAGGCAGCGGGGUGAGACAUCUGCCACCCCCCGCUGUACCACCACCUCCGCCCUGGAGCCAUUACGCACCAGCUCACCGAGAGAUCAGACUCCUCACGCGCCGAGGAGGGACUGAGACAUGCCCGCGUCCUGCUCCACCGCGCACCGCUGAUCUACUGCUGCACAUCCGAGGGUUUCACGACGAGAGAGGUGUCGUCCUGAGGCUGAAACAUGUCGGAUAAAAUGUCCAGUUUCCUGCACAUCGGAGACAUCUGCUCCCUGUACGCCGAGGGCUCCACCAACGGCUUCAUCAGCACACUCGGGCUGGUGGACGAUCGUUGUGUGGUGCAGCCCGAUGCAGGAGACCUCAACAACCCCCCAAAGAAGUUCAGAGAUUGCCUGUUCAGACUCUGCCCCAUGAACCGAUACUCGGCCCAAAAACAGUUCUGGAAAGCAGCAAAACCCGGAGGGAACACAGACGCCGUCCUCCUCAACAAACUGCAUCACGCAGCCGACCUGGAGAAGAAACAAAACGACUCGGAAAACAAGAAACUCCUGGGGACAGUAAUCCAAUAUGGCAACGUCAUCCAGAUGCUCCACCUGAAGAGUAACAAAUACCUGACAGUGAACAAGCGCCUGCCCGCUCUGCUGGAGAAGAACGCCAUGAGGGUGAUGCUGGACACAGCCGGAAACGAGGGCUCCUGGUUCUACAUCCAGCCAUUUUACAAACUCCGGUCCAUCGGAGACAGUGUUGUGAUUGGUGAUAAAGUCGUUCUGAACCCUGUGAAUGCCGGACAGCCGCUCCACGCCAGCUCCCAUCAGCUCGUGGACAACCCGGGCUGUAACGAGGUGAACUCAGUGAAUUGUAACACAAGCUGGAAGAUCGUUCUGUUUAUGAAAUGGAGCGACAACCAGGAAAUCAUCCUUAAAGGGGGCGACGUCGUUCGCUUGUUCCACGCUGAACAAGAGAAGUUCCUCACAUGUGACGACCACCGCAAAAAACAGUACGUGUUUCUGCGCACCACGGGACGCCAGUCUGCCACCUCCGCCACCAGCAGCAAGGCAUUGUGGGAGAUCGAGGUGGUGCAGCACGACCCGUGUCGAGGAGGAGCUGGAUACUGGAACAGUCUGUUCAGGUUUAAACAUCUGGCCACUGGACACUACCUGGCAGCAGAGGUAAACCCAGAGUAUGAAGAGGAGUGUCUGGAGUCUCGCUCUUCUUUGGACUCGGAGCAGGAGGCUCUUCGCGCUCGUCUGAGAAACGCUCAGGACAAAGUGAUGUACACUCUGGUGUCUGUCCCCGACGGAAACGACAUCUCCUCCAUCUUUGAACUGGACCCCACCACACUCCGAGGAGGCGACUCCAUGGUGCCCAGAAACUCUUACGUCCGCCUGAGACACUUGUGCACAAACACCUGGGUCCACAGCACAAACCAGCCCAUCGACAAAGAAGAGGAGAAGCCCGUCAUGCUGCGAAUCGGUACGUCUGCACAGAAGGAGGAUAAAGAGGCGUUUGCCAUCGUCCCCGUGUCUCCGGCUGAAGUCCGAGAUCUAGACUUUGCUAACGACGCUAGUAAAGUGUUAGCCUCCAUCGCCGGAAAACUGGAGAAGGGAACUAUCACGCAGAACGAGAGGAGAGCAGUUACCAAACUCCUGGAGGACCUGGUGUUUUUUGUGGUGGACAUUCCCAACAACGGACAGGACGUUUUAGAAAUUAUGGUGAACAAACCCAACAGAGAGAGGCAGAAACUCAUGAGGGAGCAGAACAUUCUCAAACAGAUCUUUAAGCUGCUGCAGGCCCCGUUCACAGACAGUGGGGACGGGCCCAUGCUGAGGCUGGAGGAGCUCGCAGACCAGAGACACGCCCCCUUCAGGCACAUCUGCAGAUUAUGUUAUAGAGUCCUCCGGCACUCACAGCAGGAUUACAGGAAGAACCAGGAGUACAUUGCCAAACAGUUCCGGUUCAUGCAGAAGCAAAUUGGGUACGACGUCCUUGCAGAGGAUACGAUCACAGCUCUGCUCCACAACAACCGUAAACUACUGGAGAAACACAUCACCGCCGCAGAAAUCGACACCUUCGUCAGUCUGGUCCGAAAGAACCGCGAGCCCAGGUUCCUGGAUUACCUGUCAGAUCUGUGUGUGUCUAUGAACAAGUCCAUCCCUGUGACUCAGGAGCUGAUCUGUAACGCCGUCCUGGACCCGGCCAACGCCGACAUCCUCAUAGAAACCAAACUGGUGCUGUCUCGCUUUGAGAUCGAGGGGGAACAUUUGGGAGAGAAUGCAGAGGAGUCUGAGGAGGACGAGGAGGAGGUGUGGCUCUUCUGGAAGGACAGUAACAAAGAGAUCCGCAGUAAAAGCAUCAGAGAACUGGCCCAGGACGCCAAAGAGGGGCAGAAGGACGACCAGGAAGUGGUCAGCUACUACAGGUACCAGCUGAACCUGUUUGCUCGGAUGUGUUUGGACCGGCAGUACUUGGCCAUCAAUAAGAUCUCGGGUCAGCUGGACGUGGACCUCAUAUUGAGAUGCAUGUCGGACGAGGACUUGCCCUUUGACCUCCGCGCCUCCUUCUGUCGCAUGAUGCUGCACAUGCACGUGGACCGCGACCCCCAGGAGCAGGUCACGCCCGUCAAAUACGCCCGUCUGUGGUCCGAGAUCCCCUCUGAGAUCGCAAUAGAUGAUUAUGAUAACGACGGCACCUCUAAAGAUGACAUAAAGGAGCGUUUUUCUCAGACGAUGGAGUUUGUGGAGAAUUACCUCAGAGACGUCGUGUGUCAGAGCUUCCCCUUCGCCGACAAAGAGAAGAACAAGCUCACGUUUGAGGUGGUGAAUCUGGCCAGAAAUCUGAUUUAUUUUGGCUUCUAUAACUUCAGCGACUUGUUGAGACUCACCAAGAUCCUGUUGGCGAUUCUCGACUGUGUCCACGUCAGCACCAUGUUCCCCUUUAACAGCCUCCACAAGGGCGACGAGAGCAAAGGCAGUAACGUGAUGCGGUCCAUUCAUGGUGUGGGGGAGCUCAUGUCUCAGGUGGUGCUCAGAGGAGGAGGCUUCUUGCCCACAGCCUCCACCACCUCCACCUCCAGAGACGUGGCCAAAGCCCAAACAGAGCCCGAGAAACAAGACAUCCUCGUCAUGGACACCAAGCUCAAGAUCAUCGAGAUACUGCAGUUCAUUUUGAAUGUGCGUCUGGACUACAGGAUCUCGUGUCUCCUCUCCAUCUUUAAGAGAGAGUUUGACGAAAGCAACUCCCAAAGUGAUUUUUCCAUUUCGGGCUCAGUGGAGGGGCCCAACAACAUGCCUGGUGCACUGGAUUUCGAGCACAUAGAGGAGCAGGCAGAGGGCAUUUUCGGAGGAAGUGAAGAGAACACUCCUCUGGACCUGGAUGACCACGGGGGCCGGACGUUCUUGAGGGUCCUGCUCCACCUCACGAUGCACGACUACCCCCCUCUCGUGUCCAGAGCUCUGCACCUGCUCUUCAGACACUUCAGUCAGAGACAGGAGGUGCUUCAGGCUUUUAAACAGGUGCAGCUCUUGGUCACCAGUCAGGACGUGGAGAAUUACAAACAGAUCAAAUCAGACCUAGAUCAGCUGCGGUCGAUCGUGGAGAAGUCCGAGCUGUGGGUUUAUAAGAGACAAGGACCAGAUGAGACCCUGGACACUGGGGACAGCACUCUGCACAAGGGAGACUCAGGCAGCUCGGACAAACCAAAGAAAGCCGAGAGCACCAGCAGCUACAACUACAGAGUGGUCAAAGAGAUCUUGCUUCGUCUGAGUCGGCUCUGCGUUCAGGAGGGUCUCUCUGGGAGGAAGAGCCGUAAACAACAGCAGAGACUCCUGAGGAACAUGAGCGCUCACGCCGUGGUGCUGGAGCUGCUGCAGAUCCCAUACGAGAAGGGUGAGGAUUUGCGGAUGCAGGACAUCAUGAAGUUGGCUCAUCAGUUUUUGCAGAAUUUUUGCGCAGGAAACCAACAGAACCAGGCUCUGCUCCACAAGAACAUCAACCUGUUCCUCAACCCUGGGAUCUUGGAGGCCAUCACCAUGCAGCACAUCUUCAUGAAUAACUUCCAGCUGUGCAGUGAGAUCAACGACAGAGUCGUCCAGCACUUCGUCCACUGCAUCGAGACCCACGGCCGGAACGUCCAGUACCUCAAGUUCCUCCAGACCAUCGUCAAAGCAGAGAACAAGUUCAUCAAGAAGUGCCAAGACAUCGUGAUGGCCGAGCUGGUGAACGCUGGAGAGGACGUGUUGGUUUUCUACAACGACCGCGCCUCAUUCCAGACCCUGGUCCAGAUGAUGAGGUCAGAGCGAGACCGCAUGGACGAGAACAGCGCUCUGAUGUACCACAUUCACCUGGUGGAGCUGCUGGCCGUCUGCACUGAGGGCAAGAACGUCUACACCGAGAUCAAGUGCAACUCCCUCCUGCCCCUGGACGACAUCGUGAGGGUGGUGACGCACGAGGACUGCAUCCCUGAGAUAAAGAUUGCGUACAUAAACUUCUUGAAUCACUGCUACGUGGACACGGAGGUUGAAAUGAAGGAGAUCUACACGUCCAAUCACAUGUGGAAACUGUUUGAGAACUUUCUAGUCGACAUUUGUCGUGUCUGUAACAACACGAGCGAUCGUAAACAUGCGGACACCAUUUUGGAGCGAUACGUGACAGAGACAGUGAUGAGCAUCGUCACCACGUUCUUCAGCUCGCCCUUCUCCGACCAGAGCACCAGUCUGCAGACCAGGCAGCCUGUGUUUGUGCAGCUACUUCAGGGCGUGUUCCGGGUUUAUCACUGCACCUGGAUGGUCCCGGUCCAGAAGGGCUCUGUGGAAAACUGCAUCAAAGUUCUGUCUGACGUCGCCAAAGGGAGGGCCAUUGCGAUCCCCGUGGACCUGGACAACCAAGUGAACAACCUGUUUGUGAAAUCUAACAACAUCGUUCAGAAGACGGCCAUGAGCUGGAGGCUGUCGGCCCGGAACGCGGCGAGGAGGGACUCUGUGGUCACCGCCUCUCGGGACUACAGGAACAUCAUAGAGCGGCUACAGGACAUAGUCUCAGCCUUAGAGGACAGGCUCCGCCCCCUGGUCCAGGCUGAGCUCUCAGUUCUUGUUGACGUCCUUCAUCGGCCCGAGCUCCUCUUCCCCGAAAAUACUGACUCAAGGAAGAAGUGUGAGAGCGGCGGCUUCAUCUGCAAACUGAUCAAACACACCAAACAGCUCCUGGAGGAAAACGAGGAGCGACUCUGCAUCAAAGUCCUGCAGACACUCAGAGAGAUGAUGACCAAAGACCGAGGCUACGGCGAAAAGCUCAGGGCCUUUGAUGAUGAGAUGGAUUUGCCAAAGCUGGACCAAAACCAACCCGAGAAGCUGCUAAAUGACCAAAAACGGGGCGAGGCGCUGAGGCAGAUCCUGGUGAACCGUUACUAUGGAAACUUCCGGAGCGGUGGGCGAAGGGAGAGUCUGACGUCAUUCUCCAAUGGGCCAGUGCUGGGCGCCGUGCACGCAAAGUCCACAUCAGCGCUGGUCCCGGGAGGCCUGAGCCGAGGGCAGAUGAGCCUCGCCGAGGUACAGUGUCACCUGGACAAAGAGGGAGCGUCAGACCUGGUGAUCGACCUCAUCAUGAACACGAGCAGUGACCGAGUCUUUCAAGAGAGCAUCCUGUUAGCCAUCGCUCUGCUGGAGGGAGGCAACACCACCAUACAGCGUUCUUUCUUCUGCCGUUUGACCGAAGAUAAAAAGUCAGAGAAGUUUUUCCGAGUUUUCUACGACCGGAUGAAACUGGCCCAACUGGAAAUCAAAGCCACGGUAACGGUCAACACCAGUGACCUAGGAAACAGGAAACGAGACGAGGAAGGAGGAGACAAGGAAGCUCCAGCCAGAAGGAAAGCUCGAGACUCUGCCGUGGUGAUGACAGAGGAUGUGAAGGAGCAGCUGUUGGAGGCGUCAUCUGCCACAAAGAAAGCAUUUAACUCUUAUCGCCGUGACGCUGACCCCGAGGACCACUUCAGCUCUGCGGAGGGGCACCCCUCCUCCGGUGACAAGGGCCAGGACGACGGAGAAAUGAGCUUCGUCAUCAUCAUCAUGCAGCCAAUCCUGCGCUUCCUCCAACUGCUCUGCGAGAACCACAACAGGGAUCUGCAGAACUUCCUCCGUUGUCAGAACAACAAGAACAACUAUAACCUGGUGUGUGAGACGCUACAGUUUCUGGACUGUAUCUGUGGAAGCACCACUGGAGGCCUGGGUUUGCUUGGACUUUACAUCAACGAGAAGAAUGUGGCUCUGAUCAACCAAACUCUGGAGAGCCUGACUGAGUACUGCCAGGGACCCUGCCAUGAAAACCAGAACUGCAUCGCCACACACGAGUCCAAUGGCAUUGACAUCAUCAUCGCUCUGAUCCUGAACGACAUCAACCCUCUGGGGAAGAAACGCAUGGAUCUGGUGCUGGAGCUCAAGAACAAUGCCUCCAAACUGUUACUUGCCAUCAUGGAAAGUCGCCAUGACAGUGAGAAUGCCGAGAGGAUACUGUACAACAUGAGACCCAAGGAGCUGGUGGAGGUGAUUAAGAAGGCCUACCUGCAGGGGGAGGUAGAGUUCGAAGAUGCGGGACAAGACGAUGAUAACGGUGAUGAAGAAGAACACGAUGCCGCUUCGCCCCGAAACGUUGGACACAACAUAUACAUUUUAGCUCACCAGUUGGCGCGUCACAAUAAGGAGCUGUCCGUGAUGCUGAGGCCGGGGGCAGCCAGCGGAGACGGAGACGAAGCUUUGGAGUUCUAUGCCAAACACACAGCGCAGAUCGAGAUUGUGCGUCAGGACCGUACCAUGGAGGAGAUAGUGUUCCCAGUCCCAAACAUCUGUGAGUUCCUGACGUCCGAGUCCAAACUGCGAGUCUAUUACACCACAGAGAGGGACGAGCAGGGAAGCAAGAUCAACGACUUCUUCCUGAGAGCCGAGGAUCUGUACAAUGAGAUGAACUGGCAGAAGAAACUCAGAGCUCAGCAGGUUCUGUACUGGUGCUCUAGGAACAUCUCAGUGUGGAGCACCGUGUCCUUCAACCUGGCCGUGCUCAUGAACCUGCUCGUCUGCCUCUUCUACCCCCUGGAGAGCGUUCACGGAGGUAUAAUCGAGCCUCACCUGUCCCUGAUCUUAUGGUUGGGUGUAUUGGCGUCUCUGGUCAUUGUGGUCAUCAUGCCUCAGCCUUUGGGGAUCCGAGCUCUGGUCAUCAUCACCAUCCUUCGCCUCAUCUUCUCUGUGGGACUGGAGCCAACUCUGUUCCUCCUGGGAGCCUUCAACGUGUGUAAUAAAGUGAUCUUCUUGGUGAGUUUUGUGGGGAAUCGUGGUACGUUCACUCGCGGGUACAGAGCUAUGGUGCUGGACUUUGAGUUCCUGUAUCACCUGAUCUACCUCAUCAUCUGCUGCCUCGGCGUCUUCGUGCACGUCUUUUUCUACAGCUUACUGUUGUUUGACCUGGUGUAUCGAGAGGAGACUCUGUUGAACGUGAUCAAAAGUGUGACCCGUAAUGGCCGCUCCAUCGUGCUGACCGCCGUGCUCGCGCUCAUCCUCGUCUACCUCUUCUCCAUCGUGGGCUACAUUUUCUUCAAAGACGACUUCAUCCUGGAGGUCGACCGCAUCCCCAACGGCACGCUCAAGAAUGGAGGGAGUUUGGCUGGUGAGUUUCUAUCUGGAGCGAUGUGCCCUGGUGGUGAGGAGGGGAACUGUAGCAGUGGAGCAGUGCACGAAACAGAUGUGGGGGUCGGAGAGGACAAAGAUGUGGAGCGGACUUGUGACUCUCUGCUCAUGUGUAUUGUAACUGUACUGAGUCACGGUCUGCGGAGUGGAGGAGGAGUGGGUGAUGUGCUCCGGAAACCAUCCAAAGAGGAGCCCCUGUUUGCGGCGCGUGUGGUGUACGACCUGCUCUUCUUCUUCAUGGUCAUCAUCAUCGUCUUGAACCUGAUCUUUGGUGUCAUCAUCGACACGUUCGCCGACCUCAGAAGCGAAAAGCAGAAGAAGGAGGAAGUGCUCAAGACCACGUGCUUCAUCUGCGGUUUGGAGCGAGACAAGUUUGACAAUAAAACAGUGACAUUUGAGGAGCACAUUAAAGAGGAGCACAACAUGUGGCAUUACCUGUUCUUCAUCGUCCUGGUCAAAGUGAAAGACUCCACUGAAUACACCGGCCCCGAGAGCUACGUGGCCGAGAUGAUCAAGGAGCAUAACCUGGACUGGUUUCCUCGUAUGAGAGCCAUGUCUCUGGUGAGCAGCGACGCAGAAGGAGAACAGAACGAGAUCAGGAAUCUGCAGGAGAAACUCGAGUCCACCAUGAGACUCGUGUCCAACCUGUCAGGACAACUGACCGAGCUCAAAGAACAGAUGACGGAGCAGAGGAAGCAGAAGCAGAGGAUUGGCCUUCUGGGUCACCCUCCUCACAUGAACCACAACCCCCAACAGCCGGCAUAAACCACGCCGCACCGUCUGAAGUCAUUUCAAACUGUCGAGGAUUAGUAUUCACACUUUAACGUGCCUCACUUCACACACAACGGAUUCUAAUUAAUAUUUAUAGAUUAUUUUUGAUGAUCCUGGAGUGGACCAAGUGCCUUAAGACGACUGAGAAAAUGCCUUUUACUAAUUAUGAAACCAAACCAAAGUUGAACCUGAACAGCUGUUUUUCCUGUGGCCUUUUGUCUAAACUCAGGUCUAUAAUUCAUCACUGAACAUUUGUGAUUUUCAACUGGUGCAGAGCAGGUACCAAAACAGGUGGCAGAGUGGUUAGCGCCCAUACGUCUUGGGUUAAAUGCCUGGGCCUGUAUCUCUGAAUGGACUUUCCCUGUUUAAAGGAAAUAGGUUGCGUUCACUUGCAUUAUAAACUGCCCGUAGUGUAACGUUGAGCUGGAGACAAGUCUGAAAUCUAUGGUGGAAUUUGCUGUUUUAAAACGCAGAUGUGUUGACCUUUGACCUGGUUUAUGGUUAAUAUCUCUGUAAUGACUGAACCUAUCCACAUGAAACAAAAACUGACGCAAAGUUCAACAAUUCUCUGUCAUGCUAUAAGAACUUGAUCACUGGUUCUCAAACUUUUUUUUCUGGCAACCCAUUUUUUCUAAUCGGCCACCUCUCACAACCCAAAACAAUAGGUUCAAAAUAGGUCUGUGUAAAUAAUGUAAUAUUAAGAAACGUUUUGUUUAGUGAGGCCUAUGAACUGGUGAAGCCGAGGCUGUCUUUAGACCCAGGUUUGACCAUGAAAUGAUCAUUUGUGUACAUAGCUGACCAUCGUUUAGGCACGUUAAAAUUCCUUUCCUAUUUGGGCUCAUUCCUCCAUGAGUCUGACUGUCAUAAAACACACGAUUGUACAAUUUAAAGGUCCAUAUCACACUGUUUUCUGAUCUGUUAUAAUGUUGUUUCCUCACCACAAACACACCUGGAGUUGUGUUUUGUUUCAUUCACAUGUGUAACACACAAACCCUGCAUAUUUAGGCUGAGUUCUUCUCUCAAAUAAUACAGAAAGUGCUUCACUGUGUUUUCAAACUCCACACACCUUCACUAGAAUCAUUUGGAUAAUUUCAGCCCUGGAAUUGUCAAUCUCUACUGAACUAAAGGUAAAAGGAGCUGGUAACUUGGAAACUUUAACUUCAUGACAUCACAAGGUGGAACAGAGCAGAGACAGACUAAUGAUAAAUGCGUGAAUGAAACAAAACACAACUUCGCAUCGUAGUUUUGCCAAAUUCAAGUGUUAACAACAUUACAUCCAAGAGCCUCAUUCUGUGCGUCUGCUCAGGCCUUAAGAGACGCAGCACGUCUCAUCAAAACUGUUUGUGCAGAAACAGUUACGAAAAUCAGUUUUAUCUGUGAGUGGAAGGGUGGAGUGUUUUUAUCAACUGUCUUCUCAUUCACAACAAAAUCUCCCGUGACCCGCCUUGAGGUCGCGACCCCAAAGCUGAGAACCAGUGAACUAGAUGAUAUGAUUUAUAUAUAUUUUCAGAGUUCCAUCAGUAAAGUGGGAUUGUUGGAGGGACCUUUAAGCCUUACCCUUAAUAUGACGACUUUAUGAACCCAAUCGCUCACAAAAAUUAUGUAUUUUCUUUUUGUUUUUCUCAUAACCAGAGAUCAACCUCUGCUCUUCAUUUGAAAUUAUAAUGUUAACUUUGAAACAGUAAUGCAGUCUAGUUCACCUGCUUUUACCCUGUUUUUUUGUUUUGUUUUUUUUUGUUUUUUUUUAAUGAAUGCACCACUUAGAGCCAGGCCCGUCGACAGAAAUCUGGGGGCCCGGGGAAGAAGCCUCAAAUGGGCCCCCCUCUAAUAUAAAUGACAGCAGACUUGUCUCCCCCGCUGACUCCUGUGGUUAGAGCGCACUACUAAUUUAGAAAUUUUUGCUCAUUAUUUUAGCUUCUCAACUACGAGCUCCUUUCUGGACCCCUCCCACCAGCUGAGAACCACAAUUUUCAAUAUUAAAUCUUCAAAAUUACAGCAAUAGAACAAAAUAUGCAAGAAAUUCAUGAUUCACUUUGAAUAUUUCGUUCUGUACUUUAAAAUAAUUACUAUUUAAGAAUAAGUAGUAACCCAUAGAAUUUAUUUUUUAUUUGUUUUAUCAUCCUGUCCAGAGAUUUCAUGGGUUUGGUCGAUGAGUCUUUCCACGAGGGCUGUACUAAUUUUAAAUGUGGUUUUGUGACAUUUGAACUAAAGUAGAAAUAAUAAGAUCACAGUGAGUAGUAAAGUAUUUUGGGAGCGACACUAAACUAGAGUCCUGUCUGCACCAUAGACUGUAUAUAUGAAUGGACAUAGCUAACCUGCUCGCCGUCGCGUUCCAAACAGGAAGUGAUCAUGUGCGCAUUUCCGACUCCAUAGAUUCUGGCUCCAAUUCACUUUACAUUACAAAAAACGGUCCCUUCUCUCUGUAACUGCUGCUGUCAGACUCAUCAUUCUGGUCUUAAAUGUUCGUAUUAACCCGCUCUACAUGAUCCUGGGGUUUUAUUUCACUAUUGUGUCUGUAAAUCAAAAUAUGAACAUUAAUAACAGACAAGACAGGCGACUUCUUUCCCCGAGGUCGUUCCCGCUAGUGUUAGCAACAAGUUUGAUUGACAGUGUUGCUAAGCGCCUGCUCCCUACUAAACCAGCGGUGCAGGCGGGAAGCGGCGUUACCUUCAACAGCCUCGCACCAGAUCGGCUCUUUGGUUGCUAUGACACUCGCGGUCGUAAUUCCAAAUAUAGAAUUCGACUCUAAAUUCACCCAUAUAACUGUUACCCUCGAUGAGCUUCAUUUAACUGAAGCCGAACGCUGUGGGUGACGUCACACUCACUUCGUCCUCUUGUUCAUACAGUCUGUGGUCUGCACUGAUGUAUUUACUCUCUUAGUCUUUAUUAGUUUGAUGCACUGAAUGUCUGUAGCAGUAGUCGGGGCACACAGGGCGACUGGGUUAUAUUUGUGUUCAUGUCAUGUUUGAAGUGCUGCUUCUGUGAGAUUUUUAAGUUUUAUACAAAGACGCGAGUGAAUUGUAAAUGAUAUGAAGUUUAUUUAAAUAAACGAGACUGUAGAG